AUUUGAGUCAAAAUCAAAAAAGAAAAAAAAAUCCCUUUUCACUGCUUAUCAAUCAUAUUACCAAAAAAAAACCCCACUUUUCUGAUUUACGCUGUGAUAAAUUUUCAUUCAAUCAUGGUGACCCCAUAGUUUGGAAUUGCUGCCAUGGCUUGAAGGGACAGCGACGGAGAUUCAUCGGCUCAACUCUCUCUCUACUCGACUUACUCAACUGUAAAGACUAGUACAAUCAAUCCCGACCACCAACUUGCAGAGGCGGCAGCUGGCAUGGCGGUUUCCGUAGGGGAGGGUCUGGUAUGGGAAUCGGUUCUGGAGCAGACUAAGUCGGCUCAGGAGAAGAACAGUGACCCACUUCUUUGGGCGGUUCAACUGAGUUCUAGGCUUAACUCAGCUGGGGUUUCAUUGCCUUCGAUCGACCUGGCUCACCUUCUUGUCUCCCAUAUCUGCUGGAAUAAUCACUUGCCCAUCACGUGGAAGUUCCUGGAGAAGGCCUUGACUGCCAAUUUGGCUCCUCCUAUGCUCGUUCUCGCCCUUCUCUCUAUAAGGGUCAUUCCAAAUCGUAAGUUUCAUCCUACAGCAUAUCGUCUUUACAUGGAACUCCUUAGGAGACAUGCCUUUUCGCUUAAAUGUCAAAUCAACGGGCCAAAUUAUCAAACGAUUAUGAAAUCAAUAGAUGAUGUUCUACAUCUUUCCCUGAUAUUUGGCAUUCAAGUGUCUGAACCUGGUCUACUUCUAGUUGAAUUUGUCUUUUUAGUUGUAUUGCAACUGCUUGAUGCAUCUCUAGAAGAUGAAGGAUUACUGGAACUUAUACCAGAAAAGAAAUCAAUAUGGCCUACUGUAACUGAAGACAUGGAGAUAGAUACUGCUGAUAACUGUAAUAAGAUGAGAAAUGGACACCAUGAUGUUCUGUAUAAAGGAAAUACGACGAUGGCAAUUGAGAUAAUUGGGGAGUUUCUGCAGGAUAAAGUGACUUCGAGGAUUCUUUUCUUGGCAUGGAGAAACAUGCCAUCACAUUGGGAAGCCUUCAUUCAGCAAUUAAGAGUUCUUGCAGCAAAGUCAAUGUCAUUGCGAAAUUCAAAACAUAUAACACCAGAGACGCUUCUACAGUUGACAUCUGAUACACAUAAAGUUCUGUCUAGAGAAUGUAAAACAAUAUCACGACAAGAGUUUCAUGCUGUCAUGGGCAGUGGGUCUCUAACAUCUUCAUCUGGUCAGUGUCAUGGAACUAGUCCUUCUACACUUUGGCUUCCUAUUGAUCUGUUUCUUGAGGAUGCUAUGGAUGGAUCAAAGGUGGCUGCAGCUGGUGCCACUGAAACACUUACUGGUUUAGUAAAGGCUUUACAGGCAGUCAAUGGCACAACAUGGCAUGAUACAUUUCUAGGUUUAUGGAUUGCAGCUUUGAGGCUUGUUCAGAGGGAAAGGGACAUUAGUGAGGGUCCAAUACCUCGCCUUGACACCUGCUUGUGCAUGUUAUUUUCUAUUACCCCACUUGUGGUGGCCACUAUUGUUGAAGAAGAGGAAAGUGAAUUAAUGGAUGAAAGUGAUUACAACCAAAUGGAUCAAACAAAAGAGAAGCAAAUCACGGGAAGAUUUCGUAAAGAUUUAAUAUCCAGCUUACAGAUGUUGACCAAUUUUGAGGCUUUAUUGACUCCACCUCAGUCAAUUUGUUCAGCAGCCAAUAAGGCUGCUGCUAAAGCAAUUAUGUUUGUUUCUGGUCUUACAGCUGGUAAUGGAUACUAUGAGUGCAUGAGCGCUAAUGACAUGCCCAUGAAUUGCUCUGGAAACUUGCGACAUUUGAUUGUUGAGGCUUGUAUUGCCAGAAAUCUAUUAGACACAUCCGCAUAUCUCUGGCCAGGCUAUGUGAAUGCACGUGCAAAUAUACCCCAUAGUGUUCCUAGUCAAGUGCCUGGUUGGUUGUCAUUGAUGAAAGGAUCCCCUCUAACUACAGCAUUGAUAAAUGCUUUGAUUGCUACUCCAGCUUCUAGCUUACCAGAGAUCGAGAAAAUAUACGAGAUUGCAACCAAAGGAUCAAAUGAUGACAAGAUAUCUGCCGCUAGCAUUCUUUGUGGAGCAUCUCUAGUUCGUGGGUGGAAUAUACAGGAACAAGCUGUUUUGUUCAUUACAAGUUUGUUGUCACCACCAGUUCCUGCCAACUAUUCUGGGAGUGAGAGCCAUUUGAUCAGUUACGCCCCAUUUUUGAAUGUUCUUCUUGUUGGAAUAUCAUCUGUUGAUUGUGUCCAGAUCUUCUCUUUACAUGGCAUGGUUCCACUACUUGCUGGUGCAUUGAUGCCCCUUUGUGAGGUUUUUGGGUCAACUGCUCCGAAUGGUUCAUGGACCCUUCCAACAGGGGAAGAGCUGACUAGUCAUGCUGUUUUCAGCAAUGCAUUUACUCUUUUACUGAGGUUGUGGAAGUUUGAUCAACCACCCGUUGAACAUGUGAUGAGAGAUGCAACACCAGUAGGAUCUCAACCAAGUCCAGAGUACCUGUUGAUGGUUCGAAACUCUAAAUUAUCAGCUUUUGGAAAAUCACCGAAGGAUCGUUUAAAAAUUAAAAGAAUUUCAAAAAAUUUGAACUUCCCUAAGGAACUCAUAUUUAUGGAUUCCUUUCCCAAGUUAAAAUGCUGGUACCGGCAGCAUCAAGAAUGCAUUGCUUCAACCCUCUCAGGACUUGUACAAGGGACAACUGUUCAUCAGAUUGUUGAUGCGCUCCUCAAUAUGAUGUUCAGGAAGAUAGGCAGGGGUUCACAGUCUUUAACUUCUACGACUUCCGGGAGUAGUAGUUCUUCUGCAACUGGAGCUGAGGAUAUCUUGAUAAGACUAAAGUUGCCAGCAUGGGAUAUCCUGGAAGGGACUCCAUAUGUGCUUGACGCUGCUUUGACAGCCUGUGCCCAUGGAAGAAUCGCCCCACGUGAACUAGCGACAGGACUCAAAGAUCUUGCUGAUUUCCUUCCAGCAACCUUGGGAACCAUCGUUAGCUACUUCUCUGCUGAAGUAACACGAGGUAUAUGGAAGCCAGUUUUUAUGAAUGGAACAGAUUGGCCAAGUCCCUUGGCUAAUUUAUCCAUUGUCGAGCAACAAAUAAAAAAAAUUAUAGCUGCCACUGGUGUUGAUGUCCCAAGCCUUGAAACAGAGGAGAGCUCUCCGGCUAUGCUUCCUUUGCCCUUGGCUGCCCUUGUUAGCCUCGCGAUAACCUAUAAACUUGACAAAACCUCCGAGCGCUUCCUCAUUUUAAUAGGCCCAGCAUUGAAUUCCCUAGGUGGAGGUUGUCCUUGGCCGUGCAUGCCCAUCAUUUCUGCUCUGUGGGCUCAGAAGGUUAAGCGGUGGAAUGAUUUCCUCGUAUUCUCUGCUUCCUGUACUGUCUUCCAUCACAACAGCGAUGCUGUGGUUCAGCUUCUUAGGAGUUGCUUCACGGUUACUCUUGGAUUAAGCCCUUCUAUUAUUUGCAGCAGCGGUGGAGUGGGUGCAGUCCUCGGCCAUGGAUUUGGCUCUCAUUUCUCCGGUGGAAUGGCUCCAGUUGCCCCGGGGAUUAUGUACUUACGAGCACAUCGGAAAGUCAGAGAUAUCAUGUUUAUGAACGAAGAAAUUGUCUCUCUUUUAAUAUCUUCUGUGAGAGAUAUUGCCAGGAGUGGGUUGUCAAGGGAGAAAAUGGAGAAACUGAAGAAGACGAAGUUUGGACUGAGGUAUGGGCAAGUUUCUCUUGGAAUGGCUAUGAAACGAGUCAAACUAGCUGCUUCACUUGGGGCUUCAUUGAUUUGGCUGUCCGGCGGAUUAGGCUUAGUCCAAUCAUUGAUCAAAGAAACAUUACCUUCCUGGUUCAUAUCAGCCCAUACACCCAACCACUGGGAACCUGGAGGUGUAGUUUCCAUGCUAUGCGGUUAUGCACUUGCCUACUUCGUUGUUCUUUGUGGUACCUUUGCAUGGGGCGUGGAUUCAGCCUCAUCUGCGUCCAAACGGCGACCAAAGGUACUCGCUAUGCAUUUAAAAUUUCUCGCGAGCGCAUUAGACGGGAAAAUAUCGCUGGGAUGUGAUUAUGCCACUUGGCGUGCUUAUGUAACCGGCUUUUUGAGCCUGCUGGUGGGGUGCACACACAAGUGGGUUUUGGAUAUUGAUGUUGAUGUUUUGAAAAGGCUGAGCAACGGAUUGAGGCAGUGGAAUGAGGAAGAAUUGGCUAUAGCUUUGCUUGGACUGGGUGGUGCCGAUGCUGCCGGCACAGCUGCCGAAUUGAUUAUCAAAACCGGAGCUUAAAUUUUCAGGUACCUUACUAUUACGCAAACAUGCCACUUGCUAUAGGUGCAUAUCAUUACAUGUAGAGAGCUUUAAAACAGGGGAAUGAAGAAACAAUUCUU